AAGGGAGAAAAGAAAUAAAGAGAAAAAGGGAGGCGGGUCAAGUGGGGAAGGGAAGGCAAGAGAGGAGAUGACGGGUUGCGUUUGCAAGUCCUUUCUCAUCCAAGGUAGCAGUACCCCACCUCUACCGCCUAUUUACUUCCGUCAUAGCAAUUCUGGCGCGCCGCCGUCGUCUGCUCUAAAUUUUACUUCACUUGGUCUCAAGGCAUCACAAUUUCACGCUCAUGGGCUGCCUUGGAAACGAUUCAAUGCGCAUAGUCUCCUGCCGGACAAUGGCGGCUGGGACUCGGGAAACAAAAACGGCGGCGGCGGUGGCGGCCCAUUUGAGUCAUCCUCAUGGUGGUGGCAUGAGGAUGGUGAUAGUUCCUUGUCAGGUCCCUUGUUUUUCUCCUCCUUGUUCUUGUGCUCGGCGGCGUGUUGUUUCUGCCACCUCCGACUGGCCUGUGCGCUGGCAUCAUCAUCGGAGGACUGCGAGGCUGUGUGGGAAGUGAGGGGAGGCAAGUGGACCAAGCUUGUUCCUGAUUUUGUCCAGGAUGCCUUUGUUAUCGCUCAUCAAGUUGGUUCUGGUUCACUGAGCGUGGGGAAUCUGUGGUUGCAAUCGAAACAUGUCUGUAUGCGAUUGAUGCUCCCAGAAGGCUAUCCCGACUCCGUUACCAGCGAUUAUUUGGAGUACUCUCUUUGGAGAGGAGUUCAGGGCGUCGCCAGCCAAAUUAGCGGUGUCCUUGCCACUCAGGCCUUGCUCUACGCUGUUGGAUUGGGAAAAGGAGCUAUUCCUACUGCCGCCGCUGUCAAUUGGGUCCUCAAGGAUGGAAUUGGAUACCUCAGCAAAAUCAUGCUCUCUAAAUAUGGAAGGCAUUUUGAUGUCAAUCCAAAAGGGUGGAGGUUGUUUGCUGAUCUUCUCGAAAAUGCCGCCUUUGGAAUGGAAAUGCUCACCCCUGCAUUUCCUCAUCUAUUUCUUUUAAUUGGUGCUGCUGCCGGUGCAGGGCGCUCAGCUGCUGCACUCAUUCAGGCUGCUACCAGGAGCUGUUUCUACGCUGGUUUUGCUGCUCAAAGGAACUUUGCUGAGGUGAUUGCUAAGGGGGAAGCUCAGGGAAUGGUGAGCAAGUCUUUCGGUAUCAUGCUUGGCAUAGCAUUGGCUAACCAUAUCGGCUCUUCUAUGGCUCUUGGCCUUGCUUCUUUUAGCAUGGUUACUUGGAUCCACAUGUUCUGCAACCUGAAAUCCUAUCAAUCCAUUCAAAUAAGGACUUUAAAUCCUUAUCGUGCAAGCUUGGUUUUUAGCGAAUAUCUUCUUAGUGGUCAAGCAUCUCCUGUAAAAGACGUCAAUGAGGAGGAACCGCUUUUUCCAGCUGUACCAUUUCUUAACUCAAAGUCUGCAAACAAAGCGCAUUCAGUAGGAUUAUCUUCAAAUGCAAAGGAAGCUGCUGCUGAAAUUGAGCGUAGGCUGCAAUUGGGAUCCAAGCUCAGUGAUCUAGUCAACAACAAGGACGAUGUGCUUGCACUGCUCAGUCUAUAUAACAAAGAAGGCUAUAUUUUGUCGGAGCACAAGGGAAGAUACUGUGUAGUGCUUAAAGAAACGUCCUCUCUACAAGACAUGUUGAGAGCAUUGUUUCAAGUCAAUUAUCUAUAUUGGCUGGAGAAAAAUGCAGGAUAUGAAGCAAGAGGCACUUCUGUUGACUGCAAACCAGGGGGAUGGCUGCACCUUUCUCUAGAGUAUGUGCGAAGGGAAUUCAACCAUGUCAAAAAUGAUGCGGAAUCAGCUGGUUGGGUAACAGAUGGGCUUAUUGCGAGACCUUUGCCUAAUAGAAUUCGUCCGGUUUAUGUGGCCUAAUCCGUUGCUUUUAUGAUAUGACCUAUGGAUGUUGUUAGAUGAUGUUUUGUAGUAGGCACAUGAGGAAACUAUUCUUGAGAUCGUCAUGUGAUCCUUCCAUGCUCGUACUGUCUAUUCAUUGUUUGAUGCAAAGCUUUAAAUACCGUUUCUCAAAGAUGGGGCAAGAGAAUCCUUGAGGACGCGUGCUUUGACAAGUGAAGGCACCACUUUAUUCACACCUCUUCUUUCAACAGUGAGAUUAAAGAUGAUUAUGCACUAUGCAAAUGACUAAUCAAUUGGUGGGCUUGGCAAUUUGUACAGAGAGGCCCUUUCCUUCCUACUACGUUUUGAGGAUUUGCGUGGCCUGGACAUCACAGUGGCGGUAAACUUAUUCCACCUGCUCUCCUAGGUCACUGAUGACUCUUGUAGGUUUCAGGUCACUGAUGACUCUUAGUUGCAGAUUUUCAUUAUAUUCAGUAAAUACUGUUGGACAUUCGAUUGCACCGUGUAGCUGUGUAAGCAUGAAGCAAAUGGAUGGCCUUUUUGGUGAAUCACCUUUAAUUCGGAUUUUUCUCUAUAA